AGCACACAGCAUGUUCCUACUCCGAGAUAACCAUUGUAACAUCUAGAACCAGUAUUUUGGGCGACUGUUUCACGUAGAUCAUUGAGAUGCGAUGCGCUUUUCAUUGAGGAGCAGCAGAUUGGCGCGAGCGCUUUUUUAUUAAUCAGCUUUCAUAAGGCGCGCGAGCUGGACGCUUCUGUUAGACAGGUGUUUCGUUUGUGUUUCGACCACCUGCUCUGGUACCAUGAUGUUAGGGCAGUCUCCACACCUUAUCGGGGGGAUCCACUGGAUUCAAAACCCAAUGCGAGCUGUUCACUGCAAUCUGACCCAGAAUGGGAUUGACCAUCAGAUGUGUGCAGAGGAUGUGACCUCACACCUGGAGGAAGUGUCUGUUGAUCAUGGACUGGAUGAUGACAGCCAAGGCUUUCAGGACCAGAGUCCUGGUUUUCAGAGGCGAUCUCCACCUCAGCGCUCCAUCUCAGAAUCUGAGCUCUCCAGGCCGGGAACUUUGAAGCUGUCCAAACCAGUGGCGCUGUGGAGCCAGCAGGACGUGUGUAAAUGGCUGAAGAAACACUGUCCCAAUCAACACCAAGUCUACGGUGACUCCUUCAAGCAGCACGACAUCACAGGACGAGCUCUGAUGAGGCUCACUGACAGGAAGUUGGAGCGUAUGGGCAUCAUGCAGGAGAGUCAGAGACAGUACAUACUACAGCAGGUCCUCCAGCUCCGCGUCAGAGAAGAGCCUCUCUGGAGAGUUCACCAUAACUUGAGCAUUCCUGGAGAUCCUCCGUUCCUUGUCCAUCUUCUCAGACGUCCACAGCACACACCAGACUCUGCAGUCUUCCUUCAGUCCAGUUCUCUUAAAACUCUCCUAAAGCAGAUCUAGACCCUCUCGCUGACAGUCAUAAAAAUGGAUCCAUCUGCUCUUCAGUAGCUCUUUACAGCAUAUCAGAUCCAAACUCUAAGAAUCGUCAGGACUACCAAUGUUGGACAAUGUGAAAGACCUGCUUGCUGAAUUAUCUUGCUUGUUUUAUGUAAUCCUUUCUUCUAUCUAGAUAGAUAGCUAUAUAGGUAAUAUAGCUCAUUUGUCUGUCUAUCAAUCUAUUUUAGCUAGCUAGCUAGCUAAUUAGCUAUCUUUAUAUCUAACUUGAUUAUAUAGCUAUCUGUAAUUGAAAUAUACAUUUAUAGCUAGCUAUGUAGCUUACUAGCUAUCUGGAUAGGUAAUCAAGAUAUCUAGCUGCCUUUCUAGCUAUCUCUUCACCUGUUACAUUCUAACGAAAUAGCAACAUGUGGACUCCACCCUUUGCACGUCUGAAUAUUGCUCGUCUUAUCCUCUCUCUUGUGUCUGACGUCUCUUAGUAUUAUUUAAACCGUCUGGUCGGCCUGGUUAGUUGUCUCUUUGUCUUUUUAUGUCCUCAAGCUUGAAUUCCCUCGCCAUCCAUCAAAAGCAAGAUCCUGCUAUUAUGUAUCCCGUAGACUGAACUGCACUGUGACUGUGACCAGGUCUCUUAAAAAGACAAGCCCACCCUUCCACAGGGAGCUGCGUUCCACCCCAAAUCCUUCUUUCAUCGCUGGACCAAAUGCAUUAUACUUUCAUCUCUUGAUCCGGAGCCAAUCUUAGGGUUUGACUCAUGGUGGAAUUCAAUUAGAAGGCAGGAUGAAGCAACUGAGCUCAGAGCUGUUAAACUGCAAACAAUCAGAAAUGGGAGACAAAUCUUUUUUUUUUCUUUUUUCUAUUUUUUUGGUUAUGAAAGCAGUAGAAAAAGAAAAAUAGAUGACAUGGCUCUCUGAAGUCUCAUCCUGCCAUUGGGAAAGACAAGGAAAGGAAAGGGAAUGUACUUUUAGGUGUUAAAUGGCAUUAUUAAAAAAAAUUAUAAAUCAGACAGAGCAUUAUUUUACAGAAAAGAUGUGAGAUGCCUGUCACUAGGAGCCUUGAACGUCCCAUUCACUGUAUCUUUUUGAAUAGAGAUCCUCACAAAGGCAUCACUGUUAAUAUGACAUGGCCAUUCACUGUUACUUUUUUAACUUGGAAGCACAUGCAAAGUACUGAAUCAAAUGAACUGUGUCUUUGUACCCUUUGAUCAUUGUCACCUUUGUAUCAAACUUCCAUUACUUACAAGAGCCUCAGGCAUCAACAAGGCUUCUCAACACAAAGAGACUUACCACAAUUGUAGCAUGACUCUUCAAUAUUGCAUACCUUCCACAAAGGCGCCAACACAGUCGCCAAUAAAGGUCCAUGACAACGCAGACCCGCCAUUGAUUAAACCGAGUGGCUCCAGUUGUUUUGAGGGCUACAGUAAUCGGUUACAUGCUGCUGAUCGUGGCAUACGGCCAUGCCUGUGAUGGAAGGUUUGCCUUACAAGAUGCUUUAGAUUGCAAUGAGAUCCAAAAAUUGAGUGGUAUCGAUUAGACCACAUAGACUCAUAUUGGCUCUUGUCAUGCUCACAGGAUGGAGUCAAUACUGGGAAUCUGGGGAAAAGCAUGUUCCAAUUAAAAACUAGCUACCAUUUCA